AUGUUCUCGUUAACUAGGAGAUCAGAGUUUGAGCUAGGGAGACAGGUGCAUUGUAGUUUGGAUAAUCUCAUUGUAGAGAGUUCUCUUGUUUAUUUCUACACGCAAUGGGGUGUGACAAGUUCGUUACGAGCUUUUGAUAUGAUGGAGGAGAAAGAUGUGAUAUCUUGGGCAGCUGUCCUGUUAUAUCAGCUUGUUCGAGAAAAGGGCAUGGGAAGAAAGCUAUAG